AUCAUCAGCUGGCGGCUAGAGCACUCCCUGUUUCCUACUUCCGUUUUCGCUUUGAUCCCAUUUGUUUUAACCCGCUAAAAAACAAACUUCUGUCUUGUCCUUUUAAAGUUUGACAUAUCUUGGCGGCUCAGAUUGAUAUUAAAAACUGAACUGGCUAUAUAGACAACGCCUUUUGCUGCAGUUAACUUUCUGUUGACGUUUUUUCCGAAUCAGCGAGGACAUGAAAGCGGAGCACACAGUGCGCGUCACGUGUUUUGUCGGUGGGGGUGGGUGCGGAAGUGAAAACUCGUGUCUUCCUGUCCCGUCCCCUCGCUCCACACCUUCCCUCGGAUAUAGCUACACCGACUGGAGCUGGUGCGGCCGUGCUGAGUCCUCCUCAGUCUGACCCCUCAGGACCGAAAUGGAUUACAGCGAUGCCGGCGAGCUGCCGGGUCGAGGCAGAAGACCCUCCAGUCAGUCCUCUGGGACACCCGUCGCUGCCGCGGGACAGGCAGCACAGAGCGGCCAGAGGCCCAGAGUAAAGAUAACUCCCUUCCACAGCUCACCCAUACUCGGUGACGAUGCUCUCAGCAGCAGCAGCAGCAGCAGCAGCAGCAAGCGACCAGGACCAGGUUCUGGGAGACCGCUGGCCACUCCGGGUAGCCGGUUUCUUGGCACACUUGGACGGCUGACUGGUCCACAUGUCAGGGGGAGACUGUCUGCUGCUGGGAGCUCAGAGGAACGACCUCCCAGUUCAGGCUCUGUACUGGUUUCAACAGUAGAAAAAGCACAACUUCCUGCCAUGAAGGCACCGAAGUUAAGUACUGAGCUUCGCCUGAGCCGCGUAGGCAAAGAGAGCAGAGCCGUCUCCACCUCCAUCAAGCCUCAGUCUGCUGUGAAGAGAAGGAAGAGGAAGAUGGGAAUGUACAACCUGGUCCCCAAGAAGAAGGCCAGGGCCCUGAAGCUGCAGAAAGAGGAACCAGGACCCAGUGUGAAGAACAGUGCGGCACCAGAUGAGAAACCAGGGAUUCUACCAGAGACUCAGAAGGCCAGAGAACAGACAGCCAUCAAGAGUGAACCGCUGAUGGAGAUGGAAUGUGGAGAGAGCUACCAUGUUGAAUACACAGAGCUGGCCUUGGACUGCCUGGAUCUGAAAGCUCAGGAAGAGCUGCUCUCGCCUCCCUCGUCAGGAUUAGCAGCUGACUCUGAAGUGACAGAAACAGACCUGGCUGAGGAGUUACCGCUGUGCUGCUGUCGUAUGGAGACGCCUCACAGCGGAGGCAACAUGUCCGCUCUGGAUCAGAGCUGCAUGGCCAUGGAGAGCAUGGAUGGAAUGCUGAUUCGUUGCCAGAGGCGAGUGAUGAAGCAGGAAAUGAUGCGACCCUCCAACACGGUCCAUCUGCUGGUUCUGUGUGAGGACCACCGGGCCGGCAUGGUCAAGCACCACUGCUGCCCUGGCUGUGGGCUCUUCUGCAGGGCGGGCACCUUCAUGGAGUGCAGGCCGUACGGCAGCAUCUCUCACCGCUUCCACCGCGACUGUGCCUCCAUCUUGAGGGAUCUCAGGUUUUGCCCUCACUGCGGAGAGGAUGCCAGCGGCGCGAAGGAGGUCACGGUGUCCAGGGCUGACCCGUCGCCCUCUGUACCCAGAUCAAACCAUGGGCCGGCACUCCCAGCUGCGGCCCCUGUGGCCACCCUUUCGUCGGUACCAACCACGCCUGCAGUUCCAAAGAUACUCAGAGCUAAGAAGACCAGCGAGCCCCAGAGGAGCAGAGACGAGAGUCCGAGCAGCGGGGCUGUGUGUGCUGCGGAGAGACAACCUAAAGAGUCACUGGAGAGCAUCCUGAUGGCACUGGAUGAUGAGAACUUGAAACCAAAGAAAGUGAAGUACCCUCCACGCCAGCUGUACAUCUCUGCAAAAGAAGGAGAGCUCCAGAAGGUGGUUCAUCUCCUAGUUGAUGGGAAGGACCCCAACUUUUUGAUGGAGGGCCAAAACAAAGGCACCCCUCUUCAUGCAGCCGCUGCUGAGGGUCACCAGGAGAUCUGCCACAUGCUGGUCCAGGCUGGAGCCAACCUGGACAUGUUUGAUGAGCAGCAGAGAACACCACUGAUGGCGGCCUGUGAGAACAACCAUUUGGACACGGUGAAGUACCUGCUGAGAGCUGGAGCAGCUGUCGGCCACAAGGAUAUCAUUGGUUUCACCUGUCUGCAUCUGGCAGCUAAACUGGGACAUUAUGAUAUUGUCCAUCAUCUGCUCUCCAAAGCAUCCAAAUACAUCAACUGUCAGGAUGACGGGGGAUGGACUCCCAUCACCUGGGCCAUUGAGUACAAGCACAAGGAGCUGGUCCACCUGCUGCUGUCCAGAGGGGCCGACGUCAACAUCAGAGACAAGGAGGAGAAUGUCUGCCUGCACUGGGCAGCCCUGUCUGGCUGUGACAACGUGGCCCUGGCUCUGCUGGAGGCUCGAUGUGACCUCAACGCUGCCAACGUUCACGGUGACUCAGUGCUGCAUGUUGCUGCCAGAGAGAACCACCUGGAGUGUGUGAUGUUGUUACUGUCUCGUGGAGCUGACGUCACUCAGAAGAACAAGGAGGGAGAGACGGCUCUGGACUGCUGCGUCUGCGGAUCCAAGGUGUGGACGGCCCUGAACACCAACAAGAAGCUGACUGAUGCCAGGAGAGGCAGGGACAGUCAGGGAGAAAGAAUGCUCAGCAGGGACAUCUCUCGGGGGUACGAGGCCGUUCCUAUCACCUGUGUUAACGGUGUCGACAGCGAGCCAAGCCCUGACAACUUUAAAUACAUUCCUGACAACUGUGUCACCUCCCCACUGAACAUAGACCGGGACAUCACUCAUUUACAGCACUGCAGCUGUACAGAAGACUGCUCAUCUAGUACUUGUAUGUGUGGUCAGCUCAGCCUGCAAUGUUGGUAUGACAGUGAGGGUCGACUACCACUGGACUUCUGUCAGAGGGAGCCCCCUGUGCUGUUUGAGUGCAACCACGCCUGCUCCUGUUGGAGGACCUGCAAGAACCGAGUGGUCCAGAACGGACUGAGAGCCCGGCUGCAGCUCUUCAGGACACAGAAGAUGGGCUGGGGAGUGAGGGCCAUGCAGGAUAUCCCUCAGGGAACAUUCAUUUGCGAGUACGUCGGGGAGAUCAUUACUGAUGCAGAGGCAGAUAAAAGGGAGAAUGACUCUUUCCUCUUCACCCUCGACAAUAAGGUGGGAGACGUGCAUUGCAUCGAUGCAAGACUAUUUGGCAACAUCGGCCGCUUCAUCAACCACCUGUGUGAGCCCAACCUGCUGGCGGUGAAGGUGUUCACCAUGCACCAGGACCUACGCUUCCCCAGGAUCGCCUUCUUCUCCAGCAGGCCCAUCAAAGAUGGAGACCAGAUAGGGUUUGACUACGGCGAUCACUACUGGAGGGUGAAGAGCAAGUACUUCAGCUGCCAGUGUGGGUCUCUGAAGUGUCGCCAAUCAGCCGGUGGCAGAUAGACACCCACUGAUCCCUCUCGCUGCCUGGACAUAUUCUGUGGCUUUGAGCCCCUCGAUGUCAGAAACACUGUCUUCUGAACCACAUGACACGUAACAGUGAUGCUUUAAGCAUGUGAACACCUAUGGGAUUUUCUUGAAUUCACAGUUUUAAAGAAACUUUCCCAAACAUGGUGAACGUUGCUUUAAAACUGGGAAUUUAAGAACAGGAUCUAAUUUAUUUAUGCACUUAGGGUUAGGUGACCCUCACCUAAUGAGGUCCCUUUUUCGUUUGAAGGACCCUAUAGCUCUCCACCAGCCAGAAUUACUGUAUGUCAGAGAAUAUUUAGCCAACAAUCAGGUAAAAUCUCUUCUACGUUCAUGGACUGUUCCUUUAAUACUGCAAUUUGUAAUAUUUGUGGAUUGAUGAAGUGAAAUAAUGUUUUGGUAGUCUGAUCUCUUCUAUGAACGUGCUUUUUACUAAAUGUUUAAUUACCAA